GAGUGCUCUUGUCUGGAACGAAAUGGCGGCCUUCUGUGAGGGAUAAUGCGGUUGUUGUAAAGUCUCAUGUCAACAUGUCACUCUUGAGACUAUGUGCCUUUCCAAAGUGUCUAACAAGCGGCAUGGUCGUUAAUAAAGCUGCGCGUCAAGUGCUCAAUGCCAACCACUGUCGCUCCUGUUUCAGAAUUCAGAAUAACUUUGAAAAAACAAUCACAGACACCACUUUGGUUUGUCGACGGCGCUAUUCCGUUCUGAUUCCGAAGAAAGAAGAAGGGAAGACUCGUAUGAGGCAGCAGCAUCAGCUUUUGGAUGUUCUUGAAGCCAGGAUUCAGCAGCUACAAUCUGAUGUCAUUUUAGAUGUCUCAAAUGUACAUUUUCUCAAAGUACCACAGACUGGUAGGGGCACUGCGUCAGCUAAGGGCCCAAAGAAUGUGUCUGGAGAAAGAGGUGAGAUGCCCAAAGCAGGCCAGCCCAGGAACACAGAGACAGGAGGCUCCUCCUCACCGAAAACACACAACAGCCGCUGGAUGGAGAAGCUGAAAAAUGAAAAGUGGAAUAAAACGAGAAAACAGGCGCGCCUCCAGCUGAAGCUUCAGGAAAAGAUGAAGAAGGAGAAUAAAGGCAGCCUGAUGCUGCCAGGCACCUCAAAAAAGACAAUCUCAACCACCAAAAAGAGCAAGGUCACGCAAAAACAGGAACAAGCUAAGACUAAGAAGCAAAAGUCUCCCAGACCUGCUGUUGCUGUCCAGGAGACGUACUCUAGGGAGGCUGAACUACCUGAAGUGGAGGAGCUGGAUCAGCAGGUGAACCAGUGGGUCUCUGCCAAUGCAGAGAAGCUUCUAGAAGACAAUGAGGGGAAUCGCUAUGGGGAUGCACAGCUCAGUGUGCGUUGCUUCCUAGAGGCGUGUGUGUUCAUCGGCGACGUAGACCGCGCUCAACGCUGCUUGAACAACCAUCACCGGAACCUCACCAAGCGCAAGCUUCUGUCCAUGAGUGCCUACAACAUCAUGCUGAGAGUCUGGGCUAAAAGAGGUUCUAUUAGCCAGAUUGGGCGCAUUUUUACCCUGAUAGAGGAAGCUGGUCUCAAGCCUAACCUCAGCUCCUACUCAGCUGCUCUGGAGUGCAUGGGCCGCCACCCAGAAACUUCCCCACAUGUCAUCGACAGGUGCCUGCAGCAGAUCAAGCAGGACGGCCUGAGCGUUGACGACCUCUUCAGGCAGACGGUCUUCCGGCAGGACGAGAGAGACAUGGUGCUGAGCGCCGUCCACGUCGUCUGGCCUGACUAUCAGCCCAGCGGCCUCUCAGACCAGCAGAUCUGCCCCUCGCCGCUCGUCCAGGAGUUCUACAGAGAGAGGGAGGACUCCCGAUACCCUAAGCUGGCCUUCAGCACGGAGGACCUGAGGCAGCGCUUCAGCCAGCAGCUGGACAUGGAGCGGGCCAGCACUGUCACCAUCGACUCCGUGGAGGCCCUCAAGCCUGUCACACCACACAUGGUCAAGAUGAGGGAGCUGUUGGCAUCACAGCGGGAGCGCUGGGCAAAGGCUCUCCUUCAGGUCUUCAGGGAGAGCAAGAUGGUGAUGGCCCACAGUCACCAGAAGAGUGGCAAGAUUAGCCUCUACCUUUACCUCUGCAUCCUGGAGGACAAGGAGUACGUGGAUGCCAUGCUUCAGUGUCUGACCAACCUGCCACCCAGUGGGGAGUCCCUGUUGUUCAUUGCCAAGGAGCUUGGAAACCGAGUCUACAAUAAGUUCUGCAUCCGUCAGAAGGCACAGAGUCAGAUGGUGGACAAGCUGGCUCGGGUUUAUAGUUCAUACACUAGCCUACUAGCCCAAGACACGCCGACCAGCAACGUGUUGCCCCGGGAGCGGUGGGAGGAGCUGGAGGCGGAGCUGAGCGCAGGCCCCUCCCUGCUGUGCGAUGACACACCGUGGCCCAACGUGCUGGUCAUCCAGCUGGGCACGUUCCUGGUGGACCUGAUGGUGCGGGAGCUGAAGGUGCACAGUGACCUCAUUGUUCCCGGCCCCGACAGGAAGCUCAUCGCCGUGCUCUAUCACAUGUACACCUUCCGCAGCAACCGGCAGAUCGGUUUUAUAAAGCCUCACCCGAUCCUGACGCAGCUGCAGUCGGAGGCCUUGGAGACCAGACUGACGUUCGACUCAUACGUGAUGCCCAUGCUGUGUCCGCCGGUGCCGUGGACGUCGCCGCGGUUCGGGGCGUACCUGCUGACCCCCACCAAACUGAUGCGGUCAGUGGAGGGCGCGGUGCAGCACCAGCUGCGCCUGGAGAAGUGCCCUGACUACGAGCUGCACUCGGUGCUCGACUCGCUCAACCAGCUGGGCAACUGCGCCUGGCGCAUCAACCAGCCAGUGCUGGACAUCAUCAUCGGCAUCUUCAACGAUCGCGGCAACGAGAAGCUGGACGUGCCGCCGCCCGUGUCCGAGGCGCCCGAGAUCCCGCGCUUCUCGCACAGCGACCCGAGCUACACCACGGCGGAGAAGGCUGCGCUGAAACGUGAGGCCAUCCGCGCCAAGAAGAAGUUUGCCGAGAUGCACAGCCUGCGCAUGGACGCCCUCUACAAACUGUCCAUCGCCAACCACAUGCGCGACCAGGUCUUCUGGUUCCCGCACAACAUGGAUUUCCGCGGGCGCACAUACCCAUGUCCGCCCUACUUCAACCACCUGGGCAGCGACGUGACGCGCGCCCUCUUGGUGUUCGCUGAGGGCAAGCCGCUGGGGGCGCACGGCCUGGACUGGGUCAAGAUUCACCUGGUCAACCUGACGGGCCUGAAGAAGCGCAGCUCGCUGGCUGGGCGCCUGGCCUAUGCCAACAGCAUCAUGGAUGACAUACUAGACUCCGCCGACCACCCACUCACGGGGAGGAAGUGGUGGAUGAACGCAGACGAGCCCUGGCAGUGUCUGGCCUGCUGUAUGGAGAUCGCCAACGCUACCCGGUCACCUGACCACACCAAGUACAUCUCCCACUUCCCUGUACAUCAGGACGGCUCCUGUAAUGGGCUCCAGCACUAUGCAGCCCUGGGCCGCGACGUGAUCGGUGCCACGUCCGUCAACCUCAUGCCCUGUGACGAGCCCCAGGACGUCUACAGCGGAGUGGCCCAGCAGGUGGAGGAGUUCCGUGCGCAGGACGCAGAGAAGGGCAUUAGGAUCGCCCAGGUGCUGGAGGGCUUCAUCAACCGCAAGGUGGUCAAGCAGACGGUGAUGACCGUGGUGUACGGGGUCACACGCUACGGGGGUCGCCUGCAGAUUGAGAAGAGGCUGAAGGAGAUUGAUGAUUUCCCCAAGGAGCACGUAUGGGAUGCCUCAUACUACCUGGUGCAUCAGGUGUUCAGCAGUUUGAAGGAAAUGUUCACAGGCACUCGGGAGAUCCAGGACUGGCUUACUGAGAGCGCCCGGCUGAUCGCCAAGUCCGGCAGCACGGUGGAGUGGGUGACCCCUCUGGGCUUGCCCAUCGUGCAGCCGUACCACCGCAUAAGGAACCAGAUGCUGAAAAGCAACAUCCAGUUCCUGAGCCUGCAGAUUAGCCAUGAUGCUAGCCAGAAGCCAGACACGGUGAAGCAGAAGAACGCCUUCCCUCCCAACUUCAUCCACUCGCUGGACUCCACCCACAUGAUGCUGACGGCCCUCUACUGCUACAGUGCCGGCCUCACUUUUGUCUCCGUCCACGACUGCUUCUGGACACACGCGGCUACUGUCGACACCAUGAACCAGGUUUGCAGGGAGCAGUUUGUGGCCUUGCACAGCCAGCCGAUCCUGGAGGACCUGUCCAAGUUCCUGCUGGAGAAGUACUGCUCUGAGCAUCCGGGCGAACGGAAGAACAAGAAGCUUAUGGAGUACUGGAGGAUGAUUCACCUCCUGGGCAAAGUGCCUCAGACAGGUGAUUUCAAUCUGGAGCAUGUGAAGGAGUCCACAUACUUCUUUAGCUGAGGGGUGAAUGGAGCUGGAUGAGUGUGAGAACCAUGGCUGAGAUGGACAGGACAGUGGGCUCGUCUCCCUCUGGCCACUGCACAUUGAUCAGGGAGCACACAGAUCCUCACGUGUAAGCCUCACGGAGCAGGCGGACGCACAGAACCCAGUGCCUCAGAGAGGCAAGAUGGCCACUGACUACUACCUUGGACUUCUGUAUGAUGGUCAUAGUAUCAUUUCCUCAGAGACUUUUUAUAAACAUGUGUGUGAGUGUGUGUAUGUGUGACUGAUUACGCAUGCUUUACGGGAUGCGUACACGCUGUUCUGGGAGGUUUUUUUUGUUGUUUUUUUUCUUGUAUCUGUCGAUCUCCUUUAACCUCCCCAUCAUCACCCAAGCGUGAGCAGAGGCGGUGAGGAGUGUGUGUGUCUGUGUGUAGGCGGGGGGUGCGGUGCAAGCUUCAGGUGAGCUGGGGUGGUUUGGAGCCGGUGUGUGUGUGUGUAGCUGUGGGACACCGGGCCGUGUGUGUGUGCGCUCCCCGCAGGACUGUGAUCGGCUCGCCCCAGCACCCCAUCAACGCCGGGGCGAUUAGCCGCGUGAAGCCCACUCCCAUCGAUCCGCAGCUGGCCGGGAGUCCAGUGCCCGUCCUGACAUUUCCAGCGUGGAGCGGAGGCCUCCGGAGCCCAGACCGACACUCCCACUCGCCAGUCUGUCCGUUAGCUACUCAGUCAGACGCACUGAAACUUCUGUGGACCUGUGAAUAAGAAAGUUUGGACAGUCUGUGAAAACUCAAAACUGUAAGCACUUCAGUGGAAGUAUGGAUACAUAUUUUAUACAUGUCAUUUUUUUUUUAUGUUGAAUUAUACCAUGGAGUUAUAUUUUGAAGUGGAAUAAUGUGUAUGUUGAUUGUAAUGUAUUGUACAAAUUAUACAUGGUGUUAAAAGAAUAAACCGUUCACAAAAUCA